AUGUCCUUCACGCCGUACUUGACCGAGCCCCGGAACUUCCUCGCCGACCUCGACCGCGCACUCGAGCAUGCAUUCGGGCCCGUCAAACCCAAUACCGAUCCCCGGCGCGCAUCCGCACCAACCGCAUCCGCACAGGCUGACGCGCCUCGGCUCGGAGCGCAGUCCCAGCCCCAGUCCGCGGGGACGCUCGCGAACGCGACCGUCGCGCAGACCGCUGCAGCAUCAACUGCGUCGGCGCUCUCGCAGUCCGGCGCCGACCGAGCGCGUGCGUCCGAUGUACCAGCGCUCGGUGACACCCACGCGCUGAAUAUGAAUCCCAACUCUGCACAAGACCGUAACCGCGAGCGCGAGGUUGCGGCGCAGAGGAGGAUGUUCGCGCGAUAUACGCGUUUCCUCGUCUUGCGCGGACGAUGA